AUGGCAUUCCUUCAAAGAGCGUCUCGAACAUUUAAAUGGAUACACACUCGUUAUGCCGGUCAUCCUUUUCGACUCGCCACCGCCACUCUCCAAAGCUUGUUAGCUCUCCAUGUCUUCUGGAAAUUCGGAUACAGCGUUGAGCCAACCUGGGGUGCCUCCAUGCUCCCUACGAUACAAGUGAUGGGUGACCAUGUACUCAUUUCCAAACAGUAUCGUCGUGGUAGAGGCAUCGAGGUCGGGGAUGUUGUAGCCUUUAACUCUGUCUAUGAGCCAGGGGAGACGGUUAUCAAAAGAGUUCUCGGGAUGCCUGGAGAUUAUGUCUUGAGGGAUACGCCUGGCAGGAGCAACGUGAUGCUCCAGGUACCUGAAGGUCACUGUUGGGUAAUUGGUGACAACAUCCCGUAUUCGAGAGAUUCAAGGCAUUUUGGUCCUUUACCAAUGGGUCUAAUCAGGGGCAAAGUACUUGCGGUCGUCUUUCCUUGGGGGGAGCGAAGAUCGAUAGGCAGGGAGGAUUUGAAACCAGUUGAAAAUUAGCAUGUACUUGGGUAACAUUGCAUUGCAAGGAGUCAGGUAUAAGGGUUCACAUUCCACCAAUUAGACAAAGCAUCGAAACCUAGGUUAAGGGACAGAGGUCAAACAGUACAGUGUUGUGAUUUGAAUAGUUUGGAUAUCGUAAGUCCUAUCUAAUUACAUGGAGUAAGAGAGACUCGGUAUGAAUUGCAAAAAAGUCCAAAGAGAACGUCCAAAGGACGCGCAUGUGGAAUGAUGGCAGGACCGCAAAGCAUGUGUGCGAUUGACGAUAGGAAAAGGUGGUGAUGCAAAGUACCUUUAGCACCACCAAUGCUCGCUAUUAAUAAGAUGAUCCCUUGCUACGUACGCCCAACACCUCGCCGUCCCAAUACCAGAUGCAAGACAAAGCAAAACU